GGCCGUGGAUCGCAAUGGGUUCAAAGGUUACGUGCCUGAAUCUCUUUUCCAACUGCGACGACUGACACGCCUGCAUCUAGAAAACAACCACUUUCAAGGAAGCAUCCCUUCUUCCUUUGGAGUCUUGACUCAGCUUAGCCACCUGGCGUUUGGCGUAAAUGACUUUACCGGCACUAUUCCAUCAUCAUUUGCCAAUCUUACUAAUCUACGAGGCUUAAGCCUCCGUAGUUUGCGCAUCCAUGGUCCUGUGCCGCUGCCUUUUAGCUCACUGCAGAAGCUUCUGUACCUGGAGCUGGCUUCCACAUUCCUAUCAGGACCCUUGGCACCUUUUGUGACUCCCAUGACAAACCUUCAGCAGUUGAUCGUGUCAGGCAACCAGUUCACGGGGGCCGUGCCCAUGCCAGCCUCCAAGAGCCUGGCCACGGUGGACGUGCAGAGCAACUACUUCUCCUCCGCCCCCACCCGCCCCAAGAACUGCUCCGCUGUGCGCCUCUGGCUCUUCGACAACUGCCUGCCCACCACCACCACCCUCUGUGGGCUCAACCAGGAGCAGCGCAGCAAGGAGAGCUGCGCCGCAUUCUGCGGGGUGGGGCAGGGCGGAGUGCUGUGCAGCGGACAUGGGUACUGCUUCAAGAACGACAGCAGCAGCAGCGCUGAGUGUGUUUGUGAGGAGCACUACUCCACUCGCAACGAUCCCCACACUUGCACGUACACAAUCGACCCAGUGGUGGCCUCCUCUGCUGCCACCCCCAUGAUGCUGAAUGGCUCGGCGCAGCGCUCUGCUGAUGGCGACCUGCUGCUCACCCCCAAGGCCAACGCCACCUGGGGCACGGCCUUCACAGCGGCGCCUCUCCCCCUCUUCUCCUACUUCAACACCAAGGCCACAUGCGGUUACCAGCUCGCCUUCAACGCAUCCCUUGCCUUCUCCCUCGACCCGGACUCAGAGGCGGGCGGGGAUGGGCUCGUGUUUGUCAUCUCUGCGGCGCUGCCAGACCGGCUGGGAGGGGUGGGGAAGCGGAGUGUGGCGGUGGAGUUUGACUCGGUGCUGAGUGUGAAGCACAGCGACCCCAACGACAACCACGUGGGCGUCAAUGUGGGCGGCUCACCUGUGUCCCUCGCCUCUGCCACGGCCCCUCUCAUCCUCAACGACGCCCACACCAAGCACGCCUGGAUCCACUACGUCCCCACCAGUGGUGGCACCCUCCGAGUCUUCCUCUCCUCCGACCCCCAGCAGCCCCCCACUCCCAUUCUCCGAGCUCGAGUGUCGCUAUGCUCCAUCCUGCAGCCCAGGGCGUCCACUGCUGCAUUCUACGUCGGCUUCACAGCCUCGUCCACCGCCGCCCCACAAGCACACUCCGUUGAACCUUCUCCCACUCCUCUUGUCGCCUGUAUGCAACCGGAGCAUGGCUCCACAUUAACACCUUCUGUUACUGCUUGCUUCUGUGCCACACCUUCCAUGUGGUUGCCUGCUGUGGUUGUAGAUCUUCCGCUCAUCCCGCGCUUUGACCCUUCAGACCUGGCGUUGGGGUUUGUGUUGGACGAGGACUCCUUCUCAUCGCAGGGCUUCAAUGCCGCCUUUCACUACGCCAGUGCGGGAUUCGACCCUGCACAGGACAACAGCCCCGCGUGGACUGUCAAGUCCUACAGCACCUGGGUCCAGCCUGAAUCCACCUGGCCUGUCAAGAACCAACGGGGCUGUGGUGACUGCUGGGCGUACGCAGUGGUGGCAGCAGUGGAGGCAGCCCACAGGAUCGCAAGCAACUGGGCGCAGCCCCCCGUGCUGUCGGUGGAGCAUCUGCGCCUCGCCCUCUCCUCCAACUGCGACGGUGGCUCGCCCACCAAGGCGCUGCAGUUCCUCCUCAACGCCACCGUGCACGGCAAGGGGCUGCUGGAGGACGCACUCUACUCGCAAGGGCUGGCUCUUAAAGGAAGAUUGUUGGCGAGCACCCCCAAGUACUAUGGUAUUCGCGGCAUCGAGCGCACCGACUUCUACGGGUGGUUUGGGCUCAUGCUGGCAGUGCAGCGCCAGCCUGUCAUUGUGCACAUCGAGGCGUCUGCACCCUCCUUCCAAGACUACGAUGGGUGUGUGCGUGCGGGCGUGUGUGUGGGGGGGCAGAGAGGCAAGUACGCGGACGAGGAGUGUUUCAGCAACCACCUGAACCAUGUGGUGCUGGUGGUGGGCUACCUCUCUGCGGGCUCCGACCCCUCCAACUCCGCCGUGCCGCCGCCCUUCUGGAUCAUCCGCAACUCAUGGGGCACAGCCUGGGGCGACCAGGGCCACAUGCGCAUGGACAUUCGCAGUGGGGAUGGCAUCUGCGGCAUCAACACUCUCCCAGGCCUCUUCCCUGUCAUCAGAAGCAGUGCUGAUCCGUGUGGGUCACGCUCCUUCCAGUACAGCACUCAAGGCCCCGCCUUCAACCCGUGUGGGCGGUUCAACUGCAGCAAGAAGGGCACCAGCAAUCGCUGCAAGUGCACUGACGCCCGCUUUGCUCAAGUCAAGAACACCGAUGGGUCGUACACCUGUGCCUAUGUGGACGUGUGUGGGUCCAGCAGUCGCAACCCGUGUGUGGUGGGCACGUGUGUGAACGAUGGCAAGGGCAGCUACUCCUGUGUGUGUCCCCCGGGGUUCAUCCAGGGCACCACCCUCGCCAACACCGCCUCCUGUGCUCCAGGUAACACCCCCCUGCUGUUCUCCUCCUGUGCUCCAGGGGAUGCAGGGGGGGUGUACAUGGUGCGGCAGAGCAACGUGUGGUGCUCCCAGGUGCAUCCCAUAUUCGGCCUCACAUUGGAACAGUUCCUGCAGCAGAACAAGGGCGACACGUGUGUGGGGGUGGGGCGGCAGGUGGAGCUGUGUGGGGCGGCGGAGUCGGAUGCGGAGUGUGAGGCGGCAUUUCAGGCGCUCAACCCCGCUGUCAACUGCUCCUCCCUGAGGCCCUCCCAGGCUGUGUGCAUCGAGAGGGACCCCGGGGUGGCAAAUGUGACAGUGGUGUGCGACCAGUACUACCGGGCGCGCCUCAACGACACGUGCGACAGCAUCAGGCAGCUGGCGGAGCCUCCUCUCAGCCCCGUGGACUUCUACCGCCUCAACCCCGGCGUCAACUGCAACCAGCUCAUCCCCCUCAAGAACCACUCCCACUCCGCCACCACCUUUGGUGCUGAUGUGUGCAUCGGCAGCGUGACCAACUUCACAGCGGGCAUCUGUUCCAGGACCAGCACGUACACCAUCUCACCAGGGGAUAACUGCAAGUACAUCAAUGUGAAGUACUUCUACAGCAUCAAGGGCUGCUACAGGAGAAUGAAUGGUACCGUAUCACCCCAGAUAGUAGCGCAUACGCGCUUCUAA